GUGUAAUUUUGGUUAUUUUUACUUUUUAAUAAUGAAUGCAGAUUCUGUUUAAUAAUGCCAAUGGUAGUGUAAAUUUUACUAAAAUUUUAUUUUUUCACUUGAUUAUACUCAAUUUCUCACUCUCAUUCCGGAUUCCAAAUACAUUCAAAAGGGAUUCUUCAUUUCUAACACAUCACUCACUUAAUCCUAGAUUAAAUGAUAAAUUUUCUGUAAAUCUUUUUUCUGACCCUGGAGUAUCUUCUGGUAACAAAUAUUUAAUAACUACUCCGUUGUUUUAUUUAAAUGGCCCACCUCAUUUGGGCCAUGCUUACACAUUAGUAUCUUCUGAUGUGCUUAAAAGGUUCCUAAUUCUCAGUGGCCAUGACUGUAAAUUACUCGCUGGCACUGAUGAACAUGGUUCUAAGAUCAAGACAACCGCUGCCAAUUUCGGCUAUUCUCCUAAAGAAUAUGUCAUUUCCAUGAGAAAUCAAUUCUUUAAACUUUAUAAAGCUUAUGAUAUUACCCCCGAAAUUGUAGUUCACACUUCAGAAAAUGAGCAUAAAUCUAAGGUCAAACGUGUUUUUGAUAAUUUUCUGGAGUCUGGACAUAUUUACAGAGGAUUACACAGGGGUUACUUUUCCCCUAAGGAGGACUUGUAUUACACAGAGUCUAAGCUAAUUAACGGGAAAUCACCCCUGGGAUUUGAUGUAACACUUGUUGAUGAACCGGCUUACUUUUUUAAAUUAGACAUUUGGAAGAGGAAAUUAGUUGAAUUUUUCAAGGAUUCUGAGGUGAUUUUACCUCAGCACUCGCUUAAUGAGGUUAGGAAAUUACUACAGUCUGAAAUAAACGACAUUGCCAUUACCAGAUCCAAUUGUGACUGGGGCAUACCAAUAACUAACAGUGGGAACGAAACAGUUUACGUAUGGUUUGAUGCUCUUUUAGGUUAUCUAACACAUUUACACUCUUUUCCCCCACUGGAACAGAGUAACUCCAAUCUUAAUGGGUUAAAAAUUAUUCAUGUGAUUGGUAAGGACAUCUUAACAUUUCAUACUAUCCUGUGGCCAGCAAUUUUGAUGGCCUUAAAAUUGGAUAUAAAGUUAAGAUUUUUAGUACACGGAUGGCUCCUGAACAAGGGUGAAAAGAUUUCCAAAUCCCUCAACAACUCUAUUUCACCCCUGAACACAUCUGUGCCAUCAGAUGUCUCGAGAUUUGCUCUGAUGAACUUGGGUGACUUUAGUUAUGAUUUUGAGUUUGAUCCUUCAAUGUUUGACAACGCCUUAAAAACCCUCAGGAAUAAAUUUGCCAACACUUUCUACAGAGUUACAUCAAUUCUCCAGAUGAAUAAAGUUGACACUGUUCAGCCCUGUGAUUGUGACCACAAGCUGUUAGAAAAGUUUAAUAAAUAUUCUGAAGAAAUUAGAAACUCUGUACAAAGCUUUAGGUUGGACAGGUAUAUACAAAUAUUAGUGGAAAUGUCUUCGGAGGUGAACAAGUUUAUUGAGUUGACUCAGUUCUGGACCAUGUCGUCACAGUCUGAGUUGUUAAAUACUUCCUGGAUUUGCUGCACACUUUUACUUUACAUUUCCAUUUAUUUAGCUCCAAUUACGCCUAAAUUAGCCAAUGACAUGAUUUUAAGAUUGGGUCCACAGCUAAGUGGAGCUCCAGUGAAGACAAUUUCCUUCAACCUUUUGGACGAUAUUCAACACAUUUCCUACAAUCCCAAACAUCUCAACCCUCUCAUAUAGUAAUUUACUAUCAAAUUAUAUAUAAAA